AGAGAGCACCGGCAGCGCUCGCAGCAUCCCCGAGCGAGCAUCCCAGCGCGGCCGGGACACCGAGCAGAGCCGUUCCCCCGAGCGGAGCAUGAGGCGAGCGGGCAGCGGGAGCGCCGGGAGCCGAGGGGCAGCGCUGGUGCUGGCGCUGGCGCUGGCGGCGCUGCCCGCGGCCGUGUCCGGCUGCAGCUGCGCGCCCGCGCACCCGCAGCAGCUGCUGUGCGAUGCUGCGCUCGUGAUCAGAGCAAAAAUAUCCAGUGAAAAGGUGGUUCCUGCCAGCGAUGAUCCCCUUGAUACCCACAAAAUGAUCCGGUAUGAAAUCAAACAAAUAAAGAUGUUUAAAGGAUUUGAAAAGCUCAAGGAUGUCCAGUAUGUCUACACUCCUUUUGAUUCAUCACUCUGUGGAGUGAAACUAGAAGCCAACAACAAAAAACAGUACCUUCUAACAGGACAAAUUUUAAGUGAUGGCAAAGUGCUGAUCCACUUGUGCAACUACAUUGAGCCGUGGGAUGAUUUAUCCUUGUCUCAGAAAAAGAGCCUGAACCAGAGGUACCAGAUGGGCUGUGGCUGCAAGAUCACCACGUGCUACACGGUGCCCUGCUCCAUCACGGCGCCCAACGAGUGCCUGUGGACGGACUGGCUGCUGGAGCGGCGGCUCUACGGGCACCAGGCCCGCCACUACGCCUGCAUCAAGCGCAGCGACGGCACCUGCAGCUGGUACCGGGGCGGGCCGCCCCCCGAGAAGGACUUCAUCGACAUCAGCGAACCCUGAGCGCUCCCCGUGCCCAAAAUCUGCCCCUGGGAGGCUCCUUCCGUGCCACCCACAGCCCCGGCUCCGAGCUGCCCGCGUGCCUGGCCUAGAAACGAGCGCCAGUUGUCCCCAAAGGGCCUGUGGGGCUGGCACUGGUGCAGGACGAGGGACAAACCUCCUGGAGGCACCUGCUCUGCUCUGUUAUGCUUUGCACAGAGGGCUGGCAACGUCCUCCAAGGCACAACAAAUCCCCUUUUUUUGCCAAUAUGAAUGUACAAGAACAAAUUUUGCCAGAAUUUUGCCCCCUGUUUUGAUCGCCUGCAGAUUAAGAGCUCCCUGUGUUCUAUUCCAAAUCUUUCCGAUGAACUACGGAAUGUUUUAUAGAACUAUUUUUUUUUUUUUCUGUAUGAAAGUCUUGGAUAUGAAAGAAUUAUUGUACAGUGUAUAUGUAAAGUAUUAUAACAAUGUGCUAUUAAAAAAAAAUCACAAAUAUUUCCUUAUCUGUUGAAACAAGUUGAACACUUCUGUGAUUAAAACAAUCUGUGCUCCA